GUCACUAGUGUUAUUCUAGGGGUUUCUGGGGGUAGUACAUUCAAGUUAAUUAACAAUGCACGUGCUUUUAAAUCAGUACAUAGCUCAUAUGAUUAUUUAAAUGCGCGUGCAAUUCAACGUUUUGCAAGUCACCGACGCAAGCAGUAUAGCUUUGCAAGUUCAUGGACGCUUUUUAAAUAGAGUCCUUGUGAGUGCUUCCGGGAGAAUGAAUUUGCAACGUCUCAUAUGCUUCCGGUUGUCCAUGCGCCGUUGGGAAUGAAUGCUCCUCGACUGUAGGAUAUUGGAGACGAACCUCUAUCCUCUACGAGGCGUGUAGCCUGAUAACUGCUACCAUCGCUUAUACAGCUUCAGAUUUUUGCUUUUAAACAAGUCUCUGAAAUGACAGAGCAGUGCAGUCCAGCCCCCAAGAGCCUGACUCUGCAGGCCACCAUCCCCGAGGGUGUGGCCAGUGAGAUGGACCCCGUUGAGUUCACCCUCCGCAAGCGGUUGCCCAGGAAACUUCCAAAGCGGCGCAAUGACGUUUACGUCAACAUGAAGACGGACUUCCGCGCGCAGCUGGCGCGGUGCCAGAAGCUGCUGGACAGCGGUGGGCAGCGGGAGAUCUGUGUGCACGGCCUGGGCCUGGCCAUCAACCGCGCCAUCAACAUCGCCCUGCAGCUGCAGGCCUGCAGCCAGGGGGCGCUGCAGCUCGCCGCCAACACUUCCACCGUGGAGCUCGUGGAUGACCUGGAGCCUGAAGACGAUGAGGCUGGGCUCGGAGGGGCGGAGCCAGUGACCCGCACCCGUAACAACUCGGCCAUUCACAUCAAGGUGUUCUACCCUGAUCCCCAGUGACCAUGACCACAUCUGGCUGCGGCUCUGCCAUGCCCACUUGUUCAAGAGAGACCACACCCUGACCAAGAUGCAUUACACUGACUGAGAGCUGAGAGGCUUAAGCUCCACUGGAAAGUGCGUCACACACAGAUUCUACAAACGCAUCCUUGAAGUUGUAAAGUUUUUAAAAUAGGAACAGUCCCAUCAUAGUUUGUGGAUUAAAUUUGUCUGUUUUGGGUGUGCGUUAUUUGUUCUUUAAUUUAAAGUUACCUCACUGUAUUACUUUACCUGUUGUAUUUAAUAUUCCACUGCAAACUCGUGGUGUACUCCUGGAACAUGGUGAUGGGGGAGUGACACUUCUUGAACCCCAAAAUAGAUGGAGCCAUGUUGUGUCAUCAGUGACUCAUUGACUUAAGCCAGUCAUAGUGUUUUGUCGUGGAGAAGUAGAUCCUUUGAUUUGCUAAUGCGAGUCAGUCAUUGACAGCAUGCAGUAGAACCACCUGGGGUUGAUGAAGCCUCACUUUUCAUUCAGUGCCAGCACCAGCCAGCUGUGUGUGUCUGUUGCUGAGUGCAGAGUGUCACUUCUUCUCGUUAGCAAAGUUUGUCAAUAAUUAUUCUUUUGUGUUCAUAUUGGAGGAAUUUCCGUAGGAGAUUUCCUGCAUUUCCUGUGGAAGCCCUACUAUAUGAAAGUUUUUGUUAGGCAUGUUUUGUACCUGUGAACAGACAAGGUGAAUGUACAUGUAUUUUGUUGUA